CUCUGUGUAUAUGUGUUGCGCUUUCUCUCUCCUCUGUUUGUCAAAGAAGAGAGAAGAUGACAACCCAAUUGGCAACAGCCCACCCUUCUGUUCUCCUCGUUCCUCCCUCUUCUGCUUCUCUCUGUUUAGCAAGGAAUAAAGAUUUGAUUCCAAAAAGAUGCUCUAUAAUCAACAGGAAAAAGAAUUAUGCCAUCACAGCUUUUGCAGGCAAUGCACUUGGAAAAUCAACUAUCCAACUCACUGCAGUUUCGUCACCACUAUUUACCGCUAGAGAAGCUCGCCUCUCACUCAGAUUUCCUAGGUCUCAAAGACGCAAUUCUACUGUCCGUGGACAAGCAUUUAUAUAUCAUUCUUCUGGUUUCCGAAUCCCAUCAAAUGCUGAGAAGCCAGAAUGGUGGUGGAGGGCUUUAUCCUGUGUUCCCUAUCUGAUAGCAUUGCAGAUAUCUGCAGCUGGGAUUUAUCUAGAACCCAUCCUUGAAAAAUUUCCAUUGUUUCACAGUUUGAUUUUUUAUAUCCCAGGAGCUGUCAACCGAUUACCAAACUGGUUCCCUAUGUUAUAUUGCUAUGUGGCUAUUGUAUGGGUGGUGAAAAACAAGGAUUUGCCCCUUAUCUUCAGAUUCCAUGUAAUGAUGGGAAUGUUGCUGGAACUUGCUCUGCAGAUAGUGUGGAUUUCAAGCAAUUUCAUGCCACUUAUACACUUCAAGGGAACAUUGGGAACGUAUUACUGGGCUGGCGUGGCGCUGGCAUAUAUUUUUGUAAUGAUAAGGUGCAUAAGGUGCGCGCUUCUGGGUACAUUUGUGAGUUUCCCUGUACUUAGUGAAUCAGCAUUCCUUCAUUCUUUAUUCAGUUUAGGAGGAUUUCAACGGCCUUUUUAGGAUAUAGUCAAGUGCAAUGGAGGAUUGUCUCUAUUGUUUGUAUUUGACUAUUUUUUUAACCUUAUACAGAAAAAUAUAUCAUGAUUCUUUUUGAA